ACAACUCUGUCUGCAUGCUUCUUAAUUAGAGCUUUGGUUUGGGUCUCUUUCUUCCAUUAUCUUACCCGGCCCUUUAUCAAGAAACCUUGCCAUUAAGAUAUGGGGCUUGCAGUACUUGAAAACCAAGUUGGUAUUCUUUGUGUGAUCUGCAUGGUACUGCUCUUGCCUGCUAAAUGCGCCGCUCAAGGCACUUUUACUUACUCAUCAAGAGCAACCUACUACGGUAGUGGUAACAGUCAUGGGAAUCCAAGUGGAACUUGUGGAUAUGGAGAAUACGGAAGGACUGUCAAUGAUGGCAGCGUGACUGGAGUCUCUAAGCUAUAUAGGAAUGCAACUGGUUGUGGCGCAUGUUAUCAAGUUAGGUGCACAUCAUCACAAUAUUGUAGUGAGGAAGGAGUGACCGUUGUGGUGACUGACUAUGGUGAAGGUGACAACACUGACUUCAUACUCAACCCUCAAGCCUAUGAAAGAUUGGCACGCCGUGGAAACAAAGGGGCCAAGGAGUUGUUUGGUCGUGGUGUGAUCAGCGUAGAAUACCGAAGGGUCUCAUGCCGCUACCCUGGUUACAACCUUAUGAUCAAGGUCCAUGAGCAAAGCAAAUAUCCUAAUUAUCUAGCUAUAGUGAUUAUAUAUGCAGCCGGGAAACAUGACAUCACAGCUGUUGAAUUGUGUCAGAAGAAUUGCAAACAUUGGAGGGGCAUGCAUAAAGCCUUCGGGGCAGUGUGGGGCAUGUCUAAUGAAGUACCAAGUGGUGCAAUAAAGUUAAGGUUUAAAGUGAGUGGCAAGUGGGUGGAAUCCAAAAGUGAUCUGCCUGCUUUGUGGAAAGCUGGGGUUGAGUAUGACUCAGACAUUCAGCUCCCAAUUAAUUAAAAAUUUCUUUCAAUUUUAAUAAUAUUUCGAAUUAUUAUUAGUUUAUUACUCAAAAAGAAGUAUAAUCAUUGCAUGGAUCACUAUGUAAUUGAUUAUGGUUCCUCUCUAGUUAUUUGGGUAUUGUAUUUUAUUGUAUUGUACACUUUGUCAGCAAAAGUGCUCUUGGUCAUGGUGCAAUAUAAAUAAUAGGCCAUGUUAAUGU